CAAUGAGUUCAGCAAGUUGACUCCCAAUCUCUCCCAAGUAAACUUUUAGGCUUCGCCUUGCCCUACCGCCUUUCAUCUAAUCGCAACCGCUAAUGGAAUCCUCCGAUCGCAACUCUUCCUUCCUCACCGCCGCAAUAUCCAAGCGGAUACGCCUUACACUUUCCCGGCAAAAAGAUCGAAUCAGUCCUCUCCCGGAUUCAAUUCUCCACCACAUCCUAUCCUUCCUUCCGACCAAAGACGCCGCCGUCACAACCUUCCUCUCAAAGAGAUGGAAACCACUCUGGCUCUCGCAACUCCUCCUCCACUUCGACGACAAAAACUUUCCACACGCUUUAGCCUUUCGCCAUUUCUUAUACUCGUUCGUAUCUCAUCGAGAUACCUCUCUACCGAUCCUUUCUUUCCACCUUAAAUGUCGCCACCGUCUCUAUCGAAAACAAGAUUUCCACAAUUUUGUUUCUUCAGCACUUAAUCGACGAGUUCAAAACCUAACCAUCGAUCUCCGUCACUCGUUUUCAUCUCCCAUCACUGCGAAAACGUUGCUAGUUCUUAAAUUGAGGAUGCUAACAUUCGAUAAAACUCCAUUAGUUUAUCUUCCAUCGCUCAAACUCCUUCAUCUGGAAUCUGUCAACUUCCGAAAUCAUGAAUAUCUCUGCAGACUUCUGUUAGGAUGUCCACUUCUAGAAGAGCUGGAAGUAAAGGAUUCAAUAGUAAAUACACUUGAUCGUCAGUGUCGACGAGUUGCCGGCUUAUCCAAUUUAAUCAGAGCUAACAUUUCUGAUAUUCAUAUUGAUCUUAAUUGGCUUCAUAACGUUGAACAUCUCCGUCUUCAAGUGGAUGAACCCUCAAUAGUAGAUUGCAUGUUUCACAAUUUAACUCGCAUGGAGGUUAUAUUUGACUUUACGUGGGAAAUGCGAAUGAAGAAAUGGACAUGGCUGAUAAAACUGCUUCAAAAUUUUCCCAAGCUUGACACUCUCAUUAUUCAUGAUGUUGAUAUUUUAAAGGACUUUUGUGACGAAAUUUGGGAGGAUCCUGAAAUUGUUCCAAAAUGCUUUUUAUCUCAUCUUACAACAUGCUCACUUAGAAAUUACAGCCGCAUAAAUUGGGAGUUUCAAUUUGCAAAAUAUAUAAUGGAGAAUUCAAGAGUACUGAAAACCAUGACAAUUCAGAGUGCGAAAUUUGUAGAUACAAGAACAAAGCUCCAAAUGCUAAUGGAAUUAUCUUUGUGUACUAGAAAUUCAACCACAUGUAAACUUUUGUUGAUAUGA